ACUCCGCCAAAUUAAACUUGAAAAACAUUUUGGCUCGAAAACAAAAUUUAAAAACCCCAAUCGCCAAAACAAGAUUCGUGGAUUAGGAAACUGAAUUAAAUGAUAAUUGAGAGAUUUAAGGAAGAAGAGUCCUAUCAUUCCACUCUUCGUUUUCUCUGUUCCAAAAAAGAACAAGAACAAAAUGGUUGAGACUCGCUCUGCAAAGAGGAAAACCAACGAAACCCAAAAUCACAUGAACAAACGUGUCGUGUUGGGUGAACUUCCCAAUUCAACAACCAAUCUCACUGUUCCUCAAACUCUGCCAACUGCGUCCGAGAAGACCAAUAGCAUUGGUGAAGAAUCAACUACCCAUGAAAAGUUUGAUGCUCCUGUUGUUUCCAGUGCUUAUAACUAUCUUCGAUCCAUCGAGAUGGAGACAAAGAGAAGACCAAUGAAGGAUUACAUGGAUAUAGUUCAGAGAGACAUUGAUCCAAAAAUGAGAGGAAUAUUGAUUGAUUGGUUAGUAGAAGUUGUUGAAGAAUACAAGCUUCAAAACGAUACACUUCAUCGCGCUGUUUCAUACAUAGAUAGGUUCCUAUCUUAUUACCCUAUCUGUAGGGUCAAGCUUCAAUUGCUGGGUGUUUCAUCCAUGUACAUUGCAUCGAAGUAUGAAGAUAUUAACCCACCCCAUGUUGAAGAAUUAUGCUUUAUUACCGAUAAUACAUACAACAGAGAUGAGGUUUUAGAGAUGGAAACUGACAUACUUAAGACCCUAGAUAAUGAUCUGGGCAGUCCCACUGUUAAGACUUUUUUAAGGAGGUUUAAUGAAAUUGUCUGUAAGAAGAAAAACGCUUCAAAUUUGCAGUUUGAAUUUCUAAGUAACUAUCUUGCUGAGCUAAGUUUAUUGGAUUAUGCUUGUGUGAGGUUCUUGCCUUCUUUGGUUGCUGCGUCGAUCACAUUGCUUGCUAGAUUCAUUGUUUGGCCCAAAACUUAUCCCUGGCCAUCAGCCCUGCAAGAAUACUCUGGGUAUAAACCAGUUGAGUUGAAAGAAUGUGUUCUCAUCUUACAUGAUCUGUAUAUGUCAAGACGGGAAGGGUCAUUUGAAGCUACUCGGGAGAAAUACAAGCAGUACAAGUAUAAAUACGUGGCUAACCUGCCUUCGCCUCCUCAUUUACCAAGUUAUCUGUUUUAAUUCGAGUGAGGGAGUUGGAUGAAACUUGGUUAUUUUUUGAAGUGGUUCAAUGAUUUUAUGGAGCUUAAUAUGUUUUGCACAAGAAGCAUGCUACUUGCGCAAGGGGUUGGUAUAUGACUUAACUGAGAAGUUAUUUCAAGCUGAGUAUAUGGGAAGUAGCAGUCACCUUAACUGGCUAUUAACUUAUGGUCAAGGAAUCUAUACUUUUUUUUUUUUUUUUUUUUUUUUUGCAUAUUUAGGUAUUGAAAUUUUAGUGGGCAAGUUGCAGUUUAACUUGUAUACUUUCACAUUAGAUAUGACCAGAAUGGUUUGUCCUUGUGCUGACCUUGAGUGGCAUUGCCAUUACAUUAGUGUAUGCUAUUCACUGAAAUAUAAAUGCUUCUCCUGCCAUUCAGCCUGCUCUAAGCAUUUUAUGUGAGUUAAUUGCUGUUGCUUUUUUUAUUUAA